AUGGCGCGAUCGUCGAGGAGCCGGAGCUCCCCUCCCCGGCGGCGCCGGAAGCGCCGGGUGCGCUCCUCCCCCUCCAGGUCGCCCAGCCGGCGAUCGCCCCGCCGGUCGCCCAGCCGCAGGCGACAGCGAGUUAGAUCAGCCUCCAGAAGCAGAAGUGGCCCUGGCGGCUUCGGCGGCGUUGCAGAGGAUGCACCAUCGCGCAUUUUUGUGGCGCACGGGGACUGCGCCAAGAUAAUUGGAAGGAAGGGGGAGACGCGCAUGGAGAUAGAGCGCCACAGUGAUGUUCGCCCCGCCCCAGACAACACGCGGAAGCGGUGCUGCACAGACCAGUGGCUGGACGAGAACGAGCGGGAAUGGAUGUGCUUGGAUGCGCUGUGUCGAUCGAGACCCUGGGCAACCAACAAAGACACGCCAUUUCCGUAUCCGUUCAAGGAGGCCACCGACCAGAUGCGAGACACAGAAGGGCCCUGGGUGGGCGACGAGGACCCCUUCCCCCGGGACUGGACGCGUGGGCCUGCGGGGCAUGAGGUCCUCACGAAUCUCAGACAGGUGAAGGAGCACCCGCCUCCGCUCCGCCUGAUUCUGUUCACUCCCGAGUUCGGGUGCGUGGACUCCUUCGACUGGUCGGUGUGGGGCAAGCUGUGCCCGUUGGACGACACGGAUGUGUGGGUUGUGAGUUGGCAAGGCUGGACCAGCUGGACUGAGAUGAUCGAUCAGGUCACGCGGAAGGUUCUCUCCUUCGCCGAUGGAGUCAGUACCGUGUGGUACGGGCACUCCAUGGGCGCACUUGUGGCUUAUGAGGUGCUCAAGCGAUUUGAGACAAGGUAUCGCUCGCCAAACCUUCCGGUGGCCUUGAUGGUCAGUGGCUGUCCUGCCCCCCACCUCUUCAGAGAGCACUACCGGCCUCAGGUGCAGCAUAGCUUCUUGGAGGAGCUCCGUAUUUCCAACGACUUCGACAUUUUACGCGAUGAUCGGAGAGAUGUCCUGACCAGACAGUUUCAGGCGCAGUUCCAGGCUGGUCGCGACCUGCAUCGCAAGGCGAUUCUCAACGACCUGAAGGUCCUGCAGUCCUAUCUGUUUGAGCACGAAGACGAUCGCGCCGUGCACAUACCUGUAGUAGCCGUGUCACAUGACGAAGACAACCUCGUUGAGCCAAGCAUGAUGGAGGCCUGGGAGCCCUACACCAAGAGCUUUGAGUGGGUGCCGUUGGAGGAGAGCGGGGACUGCACGACUUGGCGCCGGCCUCGUGCCAUGGCGCUGCGUUUGGGAUGCCGCUGCUUGGGACAGCGCCGGGUCCGGUCCCGGGGCAUCCUGGUGCUGGACCCAGUGCUGGCGUGGGGCGCAACGGCCACCAUGGGGCCCAGGCAGUUGCUGGACGCAGUGGACGGCGCUGCUCGCGCGGGUGCAGGGCUUUUAGGUUCGGAAGACGAGGCGCGCAGGCGGCUGUGGGAGCGGCUCAGCUGCCGGUGCCAGUCAUUGAUGCUGGCCUUGACCCCCUCGGAGCUAUGCCGCGCUCUUUUUGGCUUUCAUCGUGCACGCUGCAGCGAUCCAGAGUUGCUGGCAGCGGUGAGUGAGGUGCUGGUGUCUGAGGCCGAGCUUGAGGAGGAAGGCGUUCAGAAGCUGGGCGUGGCGCAGAUGAGUGCCAAUGAUGUUGCAAUGCUCUUCAAGGCCUUUAGCAAACAUGGCUAUGCGCCACAUCAGGCCAGCGUGGACGCUUUGCUUUCCCAGACUCGGCAAACCUUGCCAGAUGCUGCAUUGACGGACAUCUCCCAGCUGCUGGCUGCCAUAGUGCGUUUGGAAUUGGGUGGCAGAUUGGGAGGCGGCGGUGGUGAAGCGCCCUCUGGACCGCAUUCUGGCCUGUUAAAUCAGCUCUUCCAGCAGGCGCGUUCUGGGCUUUUGGACCGGCUCGCCCCUGUGGCCGACGUCACGAACCUGUGCGUUGCCGCGGCACGGCUUCCCCCGUGCGAGCAGGGCGCGGUGCUCCUAGCGGAUGUGGCGGAGCAUCUGACAAGCAAACCCCAUGCAGCGGGCCUGUCCCCGAGAGAUUUGCUGCGACGGGCGCAGAGCAUCCUGACCUUUGAUGAGCGGCUGGGUGAUUCUGGCAUCCAACCAGUACAACAAAGGUUCAGCUCCUGUCUUCUUUGUCGAGUCCUUGCUGAGAGUUUAGGGCAUCGCUGCAAUGAGCUCCAGCCGGGAGAAGUGGUCAGCGCCCUGCAGGCCCUGGCCUCCCUCGCCGGCGAGGGCGACACGCAGUGGCCGCGAGACCUGUUUGACCCGCUUUGCGCGCUGCUGCUGCAGCGCCUGGAAGCCUUCACGGAGGAGGAGCUGCGGAGCUGCUGCCAGGCAGCCAAAGCGCUGCUGCGCUGCCGCUCGCUGCAGGUGCACAUGUUCUUCUUGCAGCUUGAUCCUUUAGGAUGGAUAUGCCUGUAA